ACAUGACUUCUCUGGAAACCCUUAUUCUCAUCGACAACCAAUUUGAAGGAGGGAUUCCAAAUCAUUUGGGAACCUAUGCAAAUUAAGUCUCUAGACCUAUCUGGUAACAAUCUGGACGGAAUGCUUCCUGAAAUCAUUGGUAAUUUAUCAGGAUGUCUACAACUCUCCUUAGAAGCUUUGAUUUUGGGUGGAAAUAAAAUCAAGGGACCCUUGCCUGAUAUGAUAAAAACCUUCUCGUCACUGCAAGUAAAUGCUGAGAUCCUUGCAGUUCUUGAUGUUUCGAACAAUCAAUUCUCCGGGCAGCUUCCUGAAUGCAUGACGCAAUGGACAAGUCUAGUGAUUCUGAAUUUGGCUAAUAAUCAUUUACUUGGAAAAAUUCCAAGCUCUAUUGGAUCUUUGGCUCGCCUGGAAUCGUUAGCUAUGCUGGUUGACAAAUAUUAUGUUGCUAGACCUCUCCAACAACAAUCUGUCGGGAAGCAUACCCAGAUCGGAAUAUAUAAUGACGAAGCAUCUGUAAUGUGGAAAGGAAUGGACUGUGAUUAUGGGAAUGGAAAUCUUAGGAAUCUCAGAAUCAUUGAUCUUUCAAGCAAUAAAUUAACGGGAGAAAUUCCAGUCCAGAUAUCAGAUAUUGGGCAGAUGAGAGAGUUAGAAUCACUUGACUUGUCAUGGAACCAGCUUUCGGGUCAUCUUCCUGAGAGCAUGUCACAAUUAAAUUUCCUCAGCACUUUGAAUUUAUCACAUAACAACUUUUCAGGGAGAAUCCCAUUAUCAACCCAGAUGCAGUCCUUUGAUGUUUCUUCAUUUGUUGGUAAUCGUGCACUCUGUGGGCUUCCUCUGACACCAACAGACAAUGGUGACAAAGAAAAUCAAGAAGACAGAGCUGAAUUCUGGAAAUCAUUUAAACCGAGUGUGGAACUUGGAGCGGCCAUCGGCUUUGUGGGAGUUCUGGCUAUGAAGUUAGAUCAUCCAUGGAAACAUUUCUGUUUCCUAUUGUUCAACAACGUGAGGGUCCGCCUCAGCAACUUGAAGGACUACCUUUAUUUACUUGUAGCAGUAGUUGGUUUGGUGGUGAGAGAGCAUGUAUCCAGGUUGGGAAGAAAGUUGAAGUUGUUUGAGCCAUCAAUCCCUUCCUAGAGGCCGGCCAAAAGAUCGGUACAUAUUUUUGCUAAUCUUGUUUAACAUCUUCAUUACUUAAUUAUAAAAAGAAUAACAGAGCAACUAACUUCUUAUUGUUGUUUUUCAGGUUCGAGAUGUUUCAUGUUGCAUGGAUGUCUUCCCUCUUUCCACAUCAAUAAGUCCAUGCUGAGCAGGACAUUGUUUCUUGCUUUAUUUUUCUGUGUGUUUGGUUGAAAGGUCUGUUUAAAUUAAAUGGUUUGUGCCUU